CCCAGAGGCAGUAAGGGAUCAGGAAGUGUUUCCUGAGUGGUCGGCGCAGGUCAGCGCAGUGGUGUGCGUGUGUUUCUUUACGUGACGCUCCUCAUGCUACUUUUAACAGUGAUAUCUGAAGCUUUUUGAAGUACUCGUGCUCUCCAGAAAGGAGGUAACCUGGUGCCUCGUUCCCACCUGGCGCGUCACUUUCAUCAAGAAUGGAUCGCACGUGUACCCUCGUGAUGUGUGGGAGACAUCAAUCAGUUGUGGGCAAGAGGAGAGAAAUCCUGGACAAACUCGGGUUGCUUUGCUUUCCGUACCCAGGCCGCCAUUCCGCCUUGUCACCUGCAGCCCGCCCUCUCCCCUGCUGCCUUCUGGAGUGCACUCGAGGCUCUCAACUUCUUUACCAGCGGGAUAGAGAAAUGAGUUGCGUCCGUCGAGAUGAUCAUGUGUUUCUUCACUAUUUCUGCGCCACCCUGUGCAACGUGAGUCCCUGUGCAACAUGGUGUUUCCUGUUCCAGCACCGGCUGUUCGACGUGGUUUCCAGGUGGCAGCGUGGCGUGGCGUGGCGUGGCUUGGCUUGGCGUGGCGGGUGACGCCCUCUACACUGCAGUACUGUCUUCUCCUGCUGGUGGCGGAAAGACGAGAGGUGUGCAUUUGUUGCUUUGGGCACCCAUUCGCUGCCUCACUCAGGGACACCUCGUUGUCACCACAUUGGGCAAUUCUUUCGGCGCCACCUCAGUCCUCGCCGCCUUACAAUACAGCCUUAUCAACCCUAUCUUGAAAUAUACGUUUGUUCUCAUAAACAGUACAUAUA